AUGUGCAAUUCUUCAGUUGCAUUAAUUUUCUACAAUGUAGUUCAAUGCAAUAAUUAUCUUCAUGUCAUGUUCUUAACAUGGCAAACAAGUGAUAUGAGUUGUCGAUGGCGAGCUUAUUUUUCAUAUAUAUCGCCAAUUUCUAUAAGUUAUUCAUAUUUUAUGCAAACAUUGUCACGAUUCUUCUUUACUAUUCUCGCAGCUAAAUAUCCCACUUUGAUUACCAAAAAGAUUCAUUGGACAUUGAUUAUGAUCAAUUGGAUUAUAGCGAUAUUGAUGCCUCUUGGGUCACUCGUGACCGAAGUUGUUCGUUUUAUUCCAAAUGCUUUUUGUUGGAUUCCAUUGGAAGCAACAGUACAUAUCGCUCCUAGUAUAUUUGGUCAUUAUGUUUUUCCAGUUCUAGCAGCCGUAGGCAUGUAUAUUUUUAUCUAUUAUCGAAUGAAAAGAAGUCGAGAAACUGUAAGAAAUUAUGCGAACUCACGCAAUAAUAGUCAAAUGGAAAUGAGAGUACUUCGAAAUAUCUUAAUUACGGUUGGCAUAUUUUUAAUCACUGGUAUACCAAAUGUUAUAUUAAUAUUUACUAAAAUGAAUCUUUUCUAUAUAAUUACAAUACUGGCAUGGCCAUUUGGUACUGCAGCUGUUCAAAUAUGUACAAUUUUUCUUGAUCGAGAACUUUAUAAAGUCGUUCGUACGAUGUUUGUUUCUCGAAGAUCACCUCUACCAAGUGAAAGAGCAUAG